AUUUUUCAUUCGUUGUUGAACCGUAUUCGGGUGAAGUGUGUUGCUCAAAUUUACUCUCGCAACUUUAAACGCAUAUAUUUAUAUAUAUGUGUGUGUAUAACAUAUCUGUGAGUGCGUGUGUCUUUCAUAUACUAUUUUACAAAUCGCCAAUUAUAGCAAUUGUGGUAAAAUUAGUAUAACUACAAUUACAGUUAGAACCACCAAGUGUUUAGUAGCGAUUAUAACUAGUAAUAGCGGCAAACAUUGUAGGCACAACAACAACAACAACAUAAAAACGCAAUUAAACGCAGUGAAAAUUCCAAUUUUAUUGUGAGAUUUUUUCGCAGCAAGUGGAAAGUGUGGAAAGUUAACUAUUGCAAGAGUACGAGCAAAGAAAAAGAAAAAAUAUAUAAUAAUUAAAUUUUGAAACGAUUUUUGUGCAUGUUUUAUCAACGUUAUUAUACGGAAAGUGAGAAAAUCGUGUGUAAAGCAAUAAACGAAAUGGCACCCCGCCAAGUUCAUCCAAUACUGUGUUACAGUAAUAAAAGCGCUAGGACACGUCCAGAGCGUCCGACUGGCGGUGUGCGUAGAAACCUCUUCGGUCCACCCGAUCAAAAUGAAAUGGCGCGUAAUUUCGACAUUGAAAAUGCCCGUCAACUGAAACGUUUGAAUAAUUAUAAAAUCAUUGGUACAAUUGAGCCAAGUAGUAAUGUACGACCGCUACCCGAACUUAUUGCCAAGGAAGUGGAGGAGGCGUGUAAAAAAGAAAAUAAAAAAUUCGAAAAUGAAACUGAAAAUGAUAAGCCUGAACAAAAAAAGCGUAGUGACGGCGAUGAUGAUGCGUUGACCAUGCGGCAGAGGCAGAUUGAGAAAACACCAACGCUCCACACCGUACGUGCCAACACCAAAACGGCCAACGAAGCGGCACGUUACAAACCCUACACUACGCAAACGCUAAUAACUGAUGUGAUGCCGAAGCGAAAAGCCAUACCACCGCCUUAGAUGCUGUUAAAUAAAGUUUUUGAUGGAUGUGAUAAUGCGGGUUAUGUACUAAGCGUUUGCUGCUGCAGCUGACGGGGAGAGCACAUUGAUUUGACUACUGUGAAAAUUUAAACAAAAACAAAAACACAAAAUGAUAAUUACACACCAGGCGCUUAUGAGCUGCGUGCAGCUUGAGACGCCAAUUGCCAAAUUAGUGAAAUUCAUUAGAAGUGAUUUUUUUAUUUAAUUUUUUU